AUGUCUGCAACCGUAGCAACCCUCCCUGAACUUUCCCACUCGUCCCUUGAUCCUCAAGCACUUGCACAAAAGUACAAUCUAGAGCGAGAGAAGCGUAUCCGUGAGGAUGGACUCACUCAAUACAAGGAGCCUACUGGCGACUUUGCCCGCUUCCAAGAUGAUGCUCUGGUUGACAAGAUCGUCCCACGAGAGCCAAUUACCGAAUCUGCUGAAGUACUCAUUAUUGGUGGCGGCUAUGGUGGUUUGCUGGCUGCUGCUCGUCUUGCUCAAAAAGGCGUCACCAACUUCCGCAUCCUUGAAAAAGGUGGCGGAUUUGGUGGCACUUGGUAUUGGAACCAGUAUCCAGGUGCUCAAUGUGACAUCGAAUCUUACAUCUACCUGCCCUUGCUCGAAGAGCUUGGUUACGUCCCAACUGAGAAGUAUGCUCGCACCACCGAGAUUCAUAAGCAUAUCGAGAUGCUCGUUGCACGCUAUAACAUCAAAGAGAAGACAAUCUUCCAGACUGAAGCCAAAUCCAUGAAUUGGGAUGAAGAUGCUCUCUCCUGGAAGACCGAGACCAACCGUGGCGAUCAUUUCACCUCCAAAUUCGCCAUCACCGCUACCGGCAUUCUCCACAAGCUCAAGCUUCCAGGUCUCGAAGGCAUGGAGCUUUUCAAUGGCAAAUCUUUCCAUACUUCUCGCUGGGAUUAUGGUGUGACUGGUGGUGAUGUCAAUGGCAACCUGAGCAAGUUGACUGAUAAGCGUGUUGGUGUCAUUGGCACUGGUGCAACAGCCGUUCAAAUGCUUCCUCACCUCGCCAAGGCCUCCAAGCACGUCUAUAUUUUCCAGAGAACACCUUCCACCAUCAACGUUCGAAACAAUCAGCCUACACCACCAACCUUUUGUCAAAAUCUUAAGCCAGGAUGGCAGGAAGAUCGAAUGGAAAACUUCAAUGAUCGUAUUUCUAAUUGUCGCCAGAAAGAAGAUCUUGUUGCCGAUGGCUGGACUCUCAACCCUGCUACCGCCAUCUUGGGUAAGGCAGAUGCUUGUACCGAUCAAGUAAAACUGGGUCAGAUGAUGAUGAUGGCCGAUUUCCAACUCAUGGAACGUAUCCGAGCCCGCGUCGACGAACUCGUCCACGACAAAGAAACCGCCGAGAAGCUCAAACCAUGGUAUUCUUCCAUGUGCAAGCGCCCCUGCUUCCACGACGAAUACCUCUCGCUCUUCAACCGCCCCAACGUUCAACUCGUCGACACCAACGGAAAGGGCGUGGAUCGCAUCUCCCCCGCCGGCGUAAUCGUCAACGGAAUCGAAUACCCCGUCGACAUCCUCAUCUACUCCACAGGAUUCGAAGUAACCACCGCCUACCAGCGUCGCUCCGGCAUCACCAUCACCGGCCGCAACGGUCUCAUCCUCGACGAUAAAUGGAACAUGGGCCCCUCCACCCUCCACGGUUUCCAAACCCAUGGUUUCCCCAACUACUUCUUCUUCGGCACCACUCAAUCGGGCGUCUCGGCAAACUUCAUGUAUACACUCACGCAGCAAUCUACGCAAACGGCAUACAUCAUCUCCGAAUGCAAGAGCAAGAAUAUCAAGGCCGUAGAAGCUAGUAAGGAGGCAGAGGGAAAUUGGGUCAAGGAGAUCUUGCGUGGAAGCAAGCCCAUGAUGAAUUAUUUUAUGCAGUGUACGCCGGGGUAUUUUAAUGGCGAGGGCUGGGUUGGUAGGCAUAAAGAGGUUGGGGCGAAGAACGCGGUGUUUGGGGAGGGGGCUAGUGCGUGGGGGAAGUUGUUGGAGGAUUGGCGCCUGCAGGGGGAGAUGGAGGGGCUUGUUAGGUGGGUUUAG